GACUGCUCCCAAGAUAAACCGGCGGCCAGCAUCUCUACCGGCAGUGUCACCGUUCAUCUUCUUCAAACUCCUCUUCAUCACCACCGCUGUCCUUCGCAAGUUAAGAGCCUGACAAUCAUUCACACACACACACACACACGGAGGAUUUAGCUGCUUGCAAACCGAGCGUCACUUUGUAUGCUGCGGUGUCUGAAAGUGAAGGAAGCGGAGAUUAACGACCCAGAUACGCGGCUUUAGGAUGGAGACUCAGAUACAUGUGCCCGUCGGCUCGCCGGUCAUCAGGAAAAUCCCCAUCUUCGUGGACGAACACGACGUGGCGGGGGGAGCGAUGGAGCUCAUCAAAGAGCUGAGACCGGCGUGGGACUCCAGCCUUGUCAAGACCAAGCUCUUCACUGAUGGAACCACCAACAAGCUGGUGGGCUGCUAUGUGGAGGACAGUCCGGACGAUGUGGUGCUGGUGCGAGUAUACGGCAACAAGACAGAGUUGAUCGUGGACAGAGACAAUGAGCUCAAAAGCUUUCAGGUACUACAUGCGAACGGUUGUGCGCCCCGCCUCUACUGCACCUUUCAGAACGGCCUCUGCUAUGAGUUUAUGCAAGGGGACGCUCUUGGAACGCAGGAUGUCCGGGAUCCUUCCCUGCUCAGAAUGAUAUCCAGGGAGAUGGCUCGUAUCCAUGCAAUCCACGCACACAACGGCUGCAUCCCCAAACCCAACCUCUGGAUCAAGAUGAGAAAAUACUUCUCUCUUGUGGCCACAGAGUUCACAGACCAAGCCUCCAAUAUCAGGAUCCAGCAGGAGGUGCCCAGCAAGGCCGUUCUGGAGGAGGAGAUGGUUUGGAUGAAGGAGCAUCUAUCCACACUUGGCUCCCCUGUAGUGCUUUGCCACAAUGACCUGCUCUGCAAGAACAUAAUCCACAACAACAAAGAGGGUCAUGUUCGGUUCAUUGACUAUGAAUACUCCAGCUACAACUACCAGGCCUUCGACAUCGGCAACCACUUCAACGAAUUUGCAGGUAUGGCUGAGUUGGACUAUGGGCUGUACCCCAGUCAGGAAAUGCAAAUGGACUGGCUCAAAAUUUACCUGCAGGCCUACAAACUCUUCACCAAGAACACAGAUGAUGUCAGCCCGCGGGAGCUGGAGACACUUUAUGUACAGGUCAACAAGUUUGCUCUGGCUUCUCACUUCUUUUGGGGCUUCUGGGCACUCAUCCAGGCAAAAUACUCCUCCAUCGAUUUUGACUUCCUCGGGUACGCUGUGCUUCGCUUCAACCAGUACUUCAAGACCAAACCUGCGGUGAUGGCCAUGCAGAUCCCAGAAUGAGAAGAGAUGAGAGAAUGAGACAGGAUGAGAGGAGAAGACAAGCAGGAGGGUGUAAAAGGUUUUAUGGUGGGAACUCUUCUCAGUGAGCCAGUUGCCAAUUGAGCACUGCUUGGUCUACCCGGCAUCCCUUUUCUGCAACAAGCACAGUUGCUCUUUGAUUCCUCCAGACUUGGCUCCACAUCUGUCACAACUCUAGCUCAACAACUAUAAAACUUCCAUGAGUUUAUUGUGUGUAUGUUCUUAGUUUAUCUCUAUAAACCUGACGCCUUGCUUUGCUCAGCAGCUGAACCAGUCGUAGUGAACACAGCAGUCUGAGUUUGGGUAGAGAUCACUGCUUUACUGUCCUUCAAACCAGGGCCAAAGUGUUCCAAAUCGCUGGUAGUGAAGGUCAAAAGCGAGAUGACACUGUAAGGACAGUUAGGUUCUCCUGUUCUGUGCAUCGUAUCUGUGGCUCAAUGCCACGUCCUCAUUACAGUUAGAAACUGGCUACAGAUGCUUUUCACCUGGGAUUCAUCAAAUUCUGCAUAUGGUGUGCAGUGAGAUCAUUCCUCCUCUUAACAAUUCUAAUCUACCUGAUCCAUCAUUCGCAUUUCUCAGUUUUUGGUGCUAAGUGCUUGUUGCUGUGAUAUCUCUGCACUGUACUUCCCAGAGUCCGCCUGUACAUCUAUUGCUACGAGUGGCACUGUGCCGUCUCCUUUCCUCUGAUUGAUGCAGUUUGAGCUUCUGUCGGUUCCUCCUCUAAAUAUUCAGCAAACUGCUGUUGCUGCUGCAGAAGUAUGAAAACUACUUUUCUUUCAGCUUGUGGACUUUUCUCCUCGAAAGACCAACCUGACACUUUAAGAUGUGUGGUGCGACAAAAAGAGAAGCUUCUCAAUGACUUGUAGUAGGUUGAAUCACUAUUGUGUUCUAGCAGUCAGUGAUAGAAAGAAACUAAAUGUGCAUUUUGUUAUGUUUGUAGAUUAUUUAUCUCAGGUCAACUUCUGUUCACUAUGGGUUGUUUUAAUUGGAGCAGGGGAGCAGCAGCAGAUAUGAAGGAGACUGUUGUGAAGGCCACUUUAAUCUCUGUCCAUUUCUGUCCUCAAACCAUUUUUUCACCCCCUUGACUUUUAUGGUUAAAGCGACACACUCUGUUAAACUUUCCAGACCUCUUGGAAAAUCCCCUCUCCUCUAAUGCUUUACUGCUCCUCAGUUUACCAUCUUUAUUCUCCUCCCACCACAGUCAGGUUUCAUCCCUCCCUUUGCCCACAGAAGUGGAGACUGUUAUGCCUGUUCCAUUGGACAACUUAACAUCAGAGACUGCUCUCAGCUACAAUCUGUAAUCCAGUCACAUAAAAGACCUACAGCCAAAUUUGUCUUACAUAAUCACACAUUGUGUUAUUCGUGUCGAGGGUCAAAUUGAAACUAGCUUUAAAAAGAUGCCAGGGAUGGGUUUUCUGGGGCUCACUGUCCAUCAUGAGACCACCCUUGUCCCUUCCAGAAAGGAGUUAAUCAACACUUAAACAAAGUUUGAACCCUUAAACUGGGACUUCAGUGUUUGAAAUACUUUUUGAAUUAAGAAAAAAAGGUUGAUGAAAACGUUUUGUAGGUUCAAAGCAUGAAAUCAUAAGAUGGAGUCAGCCCUGGUGUGGUCUGGAGACUUUACAAAAGUCUACAGAUGUGGAGUUUGAAAUAAGUGAGUUUACAGAGUAGUGAUGUAGCACAUGACAUGAGAGGAGUAAUAGCUCCUGGACUAUGGAUUGUAUGUAUGAUAUGCACAAUGAACACAUUUGAACAAGGAUGUAGAUGUUCAGAUUUCCAAAUUUGACUUCACUCUGCAAAUGUGACACUAUAGUUACCUGUUCCUCAUCUCUGCUUGGGGCUAUGGUUUUAUUCCCAUUGGGGCUCUUUGCACCAUGUCCAGUCUUAGUAUUGCAUUUAGGAGGGAGCCAAUUGACAGAUUUUUAAUACAUAUUUAUCAAAAAUGAAUCAGCGGAAAUAUACUGACUUUUCUCCAGUAAAGGAUUUCUAUUUGGAGAUUGUUGUCUCCAGUUACAGGCUGAACUGACUCAAUUGAUGUCACCUGCGUCAAACUAAUGAUCAUGUUUACUAUCACUUAUUGUUUUUAUUAUUUAUUAGUCUAUGAACUGUUAACGUUUGUUAAAGAAUGCUUCCCAGAGUCCAUAAGUGGUCUCUUAAUUGUCUUGGUUAUGACAAUUUAGCAUUUAUUCUAAAACUCAACACCACACACACACUUCCAUAACCAACAGGACAGGAUUCAGUCCUCCUUCUCAUCUUUGACGUGAUCACUGAUCUGUCCGGUCCCACCACUGGUAAAUACAUACCUCAAUCUCUAUGAAGCUGUUCAUUCAAGCUGGGCUCCAGAGAAGAGGACAGACUUAUCUAUCACAACCACACAAAUUGACUGGGGGGUUGACACUGAGCUCAUUUGUCAGAACAGACAGAGACUAACUGACGAUAUUGGUUUUCAAGUGCUUUUAGAGGGGUCACAUUUAUGUCUGAAAUGUGUCCAUGGAUCUUAGACUCAGAUUUGAUGAUAAGAGCUGUCUGAAUGUGAAUUAUAACAAAUUUUAGGGCUCUGUGAGGCUAAAUUAAUUUAAGAGGCUACUUAGUGGAAGAUGAAUUGAUAUGAAGGAAAUUAUUUGGGAGCAAAAACCAACCAACAGAAUUUUCCUGGAAAAAAAAAGAAAAGAAAAAAAAAAAAGAAGUGCAAUCCUGCACAAUAAUAGUUAAUUUUUAGGGUGAGAAUAAUCAAGAGGCUCUUAUUUUAGGGAACUAAUAGUGGAGUAAUCUGCUUAGUAGAUUUGCAGACAAAGGCCAAAUUAGUGAGCUUGCUGCUUGAAUACACAAUCCCAAUAUCCUGUUCGAAAUUUAGCCUGGAUGAAGAGGACAUUUGCACUCGAUGAGCUUCUGCAUUCACCUAAAGAAGGAUACUGUCCCUGAGUGGACCUCAUCUGUUGACACAGUUUAGGUUCAGGCUUAUUCUAUUUCCACUGAAACGACAUCACUAGUUCUUGAUGUGGUCUGGACACUAGUGUUAAAGGCUGUAGGGUUGAAUUGAAAACAUUUCAGAGGAGUGCACACAUUUUUGCUCACCUUACCCACCAUGUAGUGUGGAACCACAAUGUUUGUCACCAAUUGUUUGUGUUACUGAAAUUGGUUCAGUCCCGUGUCUCAGAAACUGCAGCAAAUUGAGAAUUCUAACUCUUUUCUAGCAGGUGUUUAGUUUAUCUUUAAAUACAAAAACUACAUCUAUGUUACACAUUAGACAUAACUUCAAGUCCAAUGUACUCUUGCUAUCUUUUUCAGGAGCUUUCAGAUGCCCCAUAUAGCCUUGGUUAUUAGUUGUUUCUCAAUUCACAUAUUGAUCUCUAGAGAGAUCUGUUAAAUAAUAACUUUAUUCAUAUCCCACCUUUCAAAACAUAAGUGACCGGCUUCACAAAGAGGAAAAAAAAAAAAUUAAAACAAGAAGCAACUAAAAUGUCUUUUUAAAAUCAAAGAAAAGAAAUCAAAUAAUACAUCUCAUUAAAUGUAAUGCAAAAGGAAAUGUUAAAAGAAUAUGCGGCCUAGAAAAAGGUAGUUAGUGGAAUGAAGGAAUUGGUAUUCCGUGGUCUUCAAUGUUUUUUUAGCUUUACAGAACAUGAGUCGACCAACUCUUUGUAGGCAUGUGGAUUGAUAUACACAACUUGAAAAAAAUAUUAAGUUCAUAGGCCUUCAAAAUUCAUAGGCAAGUCAUUGGAAGGGAGAAAAUUGACAUGUUGUUUACCAAAAGGUGAGCUGAAGUUAGCGUAAGGUUUUGAACUGACAGUUGCAGAUGUACAAGCCAUAGAUGAAAAGGAGAAGUUAAACUUCGUGCAAGGAUCAUAUUCAUGUUCUGAAUAAUGUAUGUUUCUUAUUAACAUUAAUAGAAGCAACGUUAUAUUCCUCACUACAUACUGGGUAAGGUGACACUGAGGCAAACGAGAAGCUAAUGUGAAUAUUUCAUGAAGUUCAUGAUACACUUUCACUGUUUCUGUGGCGACCACUCUGAUUCCAGACUGACUUUCUGAAUUUCCUGUUGGCAUUUGAAAGCAUAUUUAAAAAGUGUUUAUUUAUUAACUGAAUCUAACACUGUUUAUCACACAUUUUCUUUUAUUGUUUUCCAAUCAUACCAAAAUGGUUACCUUCAGAGAGUUUGCAUUGCAGUUAAUUUGAGAAUAACAAUUUUUGUGUGCCCACACUGUACAGAUAACUGAUUAUUUUUGUUUCUUUUUAUGCCGAUAUUCACUUUUUGUAAAUGGUUUGACUUGAAAUGUAGAGCGAGCCAGUGUUUGGCCUGUAGAUGUGACUUUGUAAUGUGCUCAUCCACUGAGUCAGUGUGUGCGGCCAGCGGAGAUGGAGGAUGUACAUACUGUUAUAAAUACUGUGAAGCUUACUGUACACUACAGUGAUCCUUCACCUCUCUGUAGGAGUGGCAAGGAGAAUUAUUUAACAGUUGUCAGUGAAUAUUUCCAUAAAAAUGUAUAAAAUUGGGAAAAAACUUGUCUAUUGUUGUUUCUGUUGUCUCAGAAUUGGUGGGAAAUUCAUAAAACAGCCAAUAUGUGACUUUUUUUUUUGUUGAGACUCCAGUUUCCUCCCGUCUUUGUGUCUUAUGUGCCAGCUGACCCUGUGGCGUGGCCCUGGCCGGAGGAAGAAAGGCAGAACUUGUGUUGGAGGACAUCC